CUGUGUCUGUCUGACUGCACGGGAGGAGCUCGUCAUGCUGAGAACCGGCACGUACAGGAGCAUGUACCAGGGAGAGGAGCUGAAGCUGCGCAGCGGGAGUCUGGCUCGGGAGAGGAAGCACCUUGCUCUGUGCAUCAAUAACCAGGAAAAAGUGAAGCGGUGUCAUCGUUACUGCAGCCACGGCGGAGGACAAGCAGUUCAGAAGAUUGAGAGAAGCUGUCCCUGCAAGGGUGAGGAAGAUGAUAAUCGCUUUCAUCAACGUGAUCAGCAGCAGCGGCUUGAGAUAAAAGCUAUUGUGAUCCAGCGGGCCUGGCGGGCUAGUAUGUCCCGUAAAGCGAGCCUGGAGGUAAAAGAUGAGAACCGGAGCAGCCACCACUGGGGAGAGACGAUGCCUUCAGAAAUCCUCAGAGACCCUGUGAUGUCAGCUGAUAUUUCUCCGGAUCAGCUGAAGAGCCUUCAGAGUGCCUGUGAGCAUCUUAACAGUGAAGGACUUCAGCUGCAGAGUAAUCAUCUGACUAUGGACCUGGACAACAGCACCAAUAUCAACCUGAAACCCCUUGAGAACAAGGCGUUGAUUAUCCAGCGGGCCUGGCGUGACUUCCUGCAGAGACAGGAGGUUGAGAAAAGGAGCCCGUCCCCACCUUCGCUCUCUUCCUCUGACAAGAUGAGCAUGUCGAUCAGCAUGAUGACCCUGUCAGAUGGCAGCACACCUGAUUAUCGGGAGGAUGGCAUGGACCUGGGCAGUGAUGCCUCCAGUCGCUCCAGCUCAGAGUCAAACUCCAACAAGGUCACGCCUUGCUCUCCUUCUCUUGACCUGGCCACUUUAGAGGACUACAAAUCCUCCCCCUCCCCAGAUUUGGUCACUUUAGAGGACUAUGAGGAGGAUGAGGACUACCAAGAGUAUAAAAAGAAGGUGAUUGAAGAGUGGGAGAGUGAAUAUGGAGAGGACUAUAACUCUCCACAGCCUUCUGGUCAAGGAAAAAGCAGCGAGGGUGUUGUGGGUAUUGACAGCCCCGGUGAAGGCUACAGGAAGGCAGCGAACAGUCGCAGCCUUGCUGAAGAAUUCCAGGAUGUGAAGACCGUCCCACCCCUGCCGGCCGCGGGGGGACGCGCCGCCACCUCGGUAGCAGCCGUUCCAGAGGAGAUGAAACAGAAUGGUAAUCUGAUUUUGCCCAGGAGCAACCAGAUUCACUCCCCCGGUACACCACAGGGGGGUACAGGGACUCCCAAACCCACUCACCACAGCUCCAGUCAAGGCAGGGGCGGCCGCAGCAGUGGUGGAGGUGGCGGUGGAGGAGGCGGAGGAGGAGGAGGAGGAGGAAGUGGCGGGACCGGGGGACUCACGUGGGCUUACAGAGAGGAGGAGGGUCUAGAGGAGGAGCCUCUGCCCACCAUGGACUGGGCAGCGCUGGAGAGACACCUGGCUGGUCUGCAGUGCAAAGAGCAGGAGAACCAAAACCUCAACCACAACCAGAACCACAACAUGGGCAAGACCAACUACACCUCAGCCCAGAAGAAUGAGAGGGAGUCCAUCAGGCAGAAGCUGGCCCUGGGCAGUUUCUUUGAUGAUGGUCCAGGCAUCUAUACAAGCUGCAGCAAGAGCGGCAAACCCAGCCUGUCCUCACGGCUGCAGAGCGGCAUGAACCUACAGAUCUGUUUUGUCAACGACAGUGGUAGCGACAAAGACAGCGAUGCGGAUGACAGCAAGACGGAGACCAGUCUGGACACUCCCCUGUCCCCCAUGUCCAAGCAGAGUUCCUCCUACUCGGACAGGGACACCACAGAGGAUGAUUCAGAGUCUCUGGAGGACAUGGACUUUGUGAGUCGGCAGAAGAAGCUGCAGGCAGAGGCGAAGCUGGCCCUAGCAAUGGCCAAACCCAUGGCCAAGAUGCAGGUGGAGGUGGAGAAACAGAAUCGCAAAAAGUCACCGGUAGCCGACCUGCUUCCACACAUGCCUCACAUCAGCGAGUGUCUAAUGAAAAGAAGUCUGAAGCCCACCGAUUUAAGAGACAUGACGCUGGGGCAGCUCCAGGUUAUAGUCAAUGACCUGCACUCCCAGAUUGAGAGCCUGAACGAGGAGCUUGUACAGUUGCUGCUGAUUCGUGAUGAACUACACAUGGAACAAGACGCCAUGCUGGUUGACAUAGAGGACCUCACAAGGCAUGCCGAGAGCCAGCAGAAACAUUUGGCGGAGAAAACCCUAUCCAAAUAAGAUGCCCAUCCCUCCUCCACUCUGCUUUCCUCCCCUGAGUUCAGCCCUUGCGCCAAAACAAAGUUUCCCUUCCGGCCAUUCCACCUCUGCCCCGUGUCAAUCCAAGCCCUUCCUGCUUGUCCUAAGUAUUUUGCUCCUCGCUGCUUCCCUGUACCCCCCGUACCCCCCACCCCCACCCCCACCCGUCUUUACCCCCCCUGUCCAACUCACUGACUUCAGUGGUAGCAGCAGCACAGAAGAAAGCCACCUUCUUUCAUUCUCUUCUCCCACUGCUAAGGAUGGAGUAGCACUUCCUGCUUCCUGGGAGAAGAGGAAACUGAUUGUGUUGUCAUGGAUACUGUCUCCAGCUUCCUGUGCAGUGAUCGGCCUUGCUUUGCUAUUGUUUCUUUUUAACUUUCUACAUUCGCCACUAAAUUAUAACUGUUCAAACGCAAACAUUGUGAGAAAAAAAAAGAUAAUAAUAAUAAUAGUGAAAAAUUUAGUAAAAAAAGAAAAUAAAAAAAGACAGACAUGAGAGAAAAAAAGAAGCAACGCUGUAUAAAAAAGACGAUGGAAAACUAACUUCUUCAGACCAUUUUAAGUUGGACAGUAAUUUUAAAGUAUCUUAAAAUUGACCCGUUUUUAUUCUGCACAAAUGGUAGUUUUCAACUGAGAAAUGUUUAUUUGAAGGUGCUAAAAGAGUGUAAAGGAAACAUGCCUGCCUUGUAGUGGAGUUGUAGAUUUUGGUAAUAUGUUCACUCUAACUGCUCUUCAACAUUUUGUGAAUGUUGAUUUUCUGACACAAGUCAUUUUAAAUGAAUAAGUGUGUUAAUAUCGUUUUCAUCCUAUUGUAUUCAGAUACUUUAUUUGAGGGAAGAAAUGUUUAUGUACAGAUAUGUAAAAUAAAGAAUAAACUUUGUUUCAUAUG